AUGGAUCUGCUUAUAUUUUUCUACACCAUUGUUGGUAUAUUUUCUUCGGUUUUCUUCUUGCUUUAUUGGAAAUUUAUCCGUCGACAGAAACGUAUUUAUAAUAUACUUCGUAGUCAAGGUAUAUCAUGCGAACCAUUCGUACCAUUCGUCGGCCAAUUACCGGCUAUGCGUCGUGCAUCUGACAAAGGUACUGUAAUGGAUUAUCGAAUGGAACUCGUUCAAAAGCAUGGAUAUGUUUAUGGAAUAUGUUUCGGUCCGACAAUAUAUUUAGUUGUGCUCGAACCAGAUAUGCUUGCCGAUAUAUUUGGUCGAUCGCACGCUCAAGAUUAUACGAAACCACUUAACACUGAUAAAUUUUUUAAACCUUUAAUUGGUGUACAUAAUCUAUUAGUUAGCGAAGGUACAGAACAUGAACGUGCAAGAAAAAUGCUCAACCCGGCUUUUCAUUUUGUUAAAUUACAAUCCAUGGUUUCGAUUAUGAUUAAUCAAACAAGUCAAGCUAUUAAUGAACUUCUUUCAUUGUCAAUUGACCAACAAGUUGUCGAUUUACAAACAGAAUUAAAUGCUCUACCAUUGGCUAUUAUUUCAUCAAGUGCAUUUGGUAAAGGUUUCGAAACAAUAGCUAAUGCGAAAGAAAUUGUAUGUCGAGCAUUUACUGAACUAUUGGAAGCAAUCCAAUAUCGAAAUGUACGUCUGAUUGAUCAAAUACCUAUUAUUUCAAAAUUACCAUUUUGGCGUAAAGAUAUUUUAAAAAAAGAUUCUCAAGAGGUUUCUGAUUUUGUCGAUGAAAUUAUUGCUGAUCGUCGACAUAAUCGAUCAACUAGUUUAUCUUCUCGUGAAGAUAUUCUCGAUCUUCUUCUGUCAGCUGUCGAUGAUCAAGGACAACCGUUUAAUGAUCAAGAGAUCAAAGAUCAAGCAUUAACUUUUGUACUUGCCGGCCAUGAGACAACAGGUAAUUUAAUGACAUGGACUAUGUAUUUAUUAAUGACACACAAACAUGUAUUACAAGCUUGCCGAGAUGAAGUCGAUAGAGUACUUCCCAAUGGCAUCGAACCUACUUAUGAAUAUUUGAAUGAAUUAACUAUAUGUGAGGCUGUUCUACAAGAGACACUUCGCUUGUAUCCACCAGCACCUUUUAUUGCACGAAGAUGUAUUCGUGAACAUUAUAUAGGUAAAGAAGGUCAUCGUCAAAUACGUAUGCCUGUUGGAGGAGUAGUUUCAGUUAAUACUUAUAUUCUUCAUCGACGAGAAGAAUUUUGGUCACGACCACUUGAAUUUGAUUAUACGCGUUGGAUUCGAGAUCCUGUAACAGGCCUUAAACCAAAAUUGGCUCAUCCAUUUUGUUAUUUGCCAUUUGGAGCUGGACCGCGUAAUUGUAUUGGCCAGAAUUUUGCCUUACUUGAAGCUAAAAUUAUGUUAGCCAUGCUUGUACAACGAUGCAAUUUUGAAUUAGAACCUGGCCAAAAAAUUGUUCCCGAUGUUCGUGUUACAAUGCGACCCAAAUAUGGAUUAAGAGCAAGAAUUACUAAACGAUCAUAA